AUGUCCGAGAAGGAGGAGAGUUGUGCUCCGCGGCAGCAUGCAGCGGCGGACGCACCGUCAUUGGAGACGGCGAUCCAGAUGCACGUCCAGGGCACCGCUUACAAAGAAUCCGACCGGCCGGCCGAGACAACCACCGUCAAGAAGCAUCGGCUUGACGACGGGUACAUCUCUUUCAUUCUGGCCAUGCCAAUCGAGAAGCCGGAGUACCUAGACACGCCGUCCUACCUCUGGCAGGAAAACAUGGCGGAGAUCCUGGGCGUGACGGAGGACUGCCUCGAGCAGAAAAGGCAGCUGUACAAGGAAUGUGUCCUCCGUUCCCAGAGGAUUCACGAUCACUACCUCAAGUUCCAGGUCCGGGUCCGCGACGAGUGGCUCCAGAAGGGCUAUGUCGAGGUGGACGACGACUACUUCACCGUCACGGCAACAAUGUGGAAAGAGGCCAUGCCAAUGUGGGAAGACCCUGCGCUCACAUUCAAAGACUCCGACUACGAGAAGCAGGCCAGGUGCUUCCUCGAUCUAUCUACUACCAAUUGA